CACGGCCGCUGCCGCUGCCCGCUUCCUCCCUUCCAUUUCACGGCGACCCCGAGACGCCGACCCAUCCGCAUCACCAUGACUUCUAGCCGCCCAUCCUCCACGCGGACGCACCACCUCGCCAUCGCAUCGCGCGUACUCCCCCAGUCCCCAGCCUGUAGACACACGGAAGGACCCCGAGAGGCCAGCCUCGUUUUCUCCGGUCCUGAGUUCCUGCCGUCCUGCGCCUCGAACCGAGCAGAGCCGCCCGCCCACGACCACGAAUCCCUCUCCCCCACUCUUCCCGCCACACACCACCGCAGAGGCCGAGAGGCUACUCACUCGUCUCGCACCGAGAUCCCCAACUGCCGCGCGCCCCGCACGGCAUGCCGGCCUAGCCCUCUCCGGUUAAAAACCCCGCCUUGCUCCCCAUUUUAUGGCGCUCCCGCGCGGGCGCGCGUGCAAUAACCCCGUCCCCAGCGCCUGCUUCCUCCUGCUCCUGCUCCUCCUCCUCCUCUCCGCAUCCUUCCUUGCCGCUCCGCGUGACUCCUCAACCUCCACCAACCGCGCGGUAGAGGAGGGGGCGAUUAUUGAUGGUGAUAGUGGGUCGUCGUCAUCGUCGGCCUCUGGAAACUGCGAGGAGCUGCAGUCCAUCAAGGGCAGGGAGGCUAGGUGCCAGUACCUGCGGACGCACGCGCGGUGCUCGCCGGUGGGGUACGUCGACUACCUCCGCCUCUUCUACUGCGGCUUCGCCCGCGCGCCGGCGGCCGGGUACGCCGCGCUCCUGCUGUGGCUGGCGCUGCUCUUCUACUUGCUCGGCGACACCGCGUCGGAGUACUUCUGCGCGUCGCUCGAGGGGCUCUCGGCGGCGCUGCGGCUGCCGCCGGCCAUCGCGGGCGUCACGCUGCUCUCGCUCGGCAACGGCGCUCCCGACGUGUUCGCCAGCGUCGUCUCCUUCGCUUCGGGCGACGGCGGGGGCGUGGGGCUCAACAGCGCGCUCGGCGGGGCGUUGUUCGUGUCCACGGUAGUCGCUGGGGUCGUCGCGCUCGCCGUGGGCGCCCGCCGCGGGGUCGUCGUGGAGUGGCGUGGGUUCGUGCGCGACCUCUGCUUCCUCCUCCUCGCGCUCUGCUAUUUGCUCGCCGUGCUGGUGAACGGCGAGGUCACCGUCUGGGCGGCCGUGUCUUUCGUCUCGCUCUACGUCGGCUACGUCGUCCUCGUAUGGACGUCACACUGCUGCGCCGAACAGGGCAAGCCGCUGGUCACCAGCCUCUCCGCGCCGCUCCUCGAUGAAGACGACGGCGUCCCGUCGCUGCCGUCCCACUCCAAGACGGCGGCGGCCGGCCCCACUCCAAGGGGAAUAGCCUAUCUGCAUUGCCUCAUGCGCGCGCUCUGCAUGCCGCUGUACCUCCCGCGCCGCCUCACCAUCCCGGACAUCGCCGCGCACCGCUGGUCCCGGCCCUACGCCGUCGCGUCCGCCGCGCUGGCGCCGGUCCUCCUCGCCGCCACCUGGACCUCGCAGCGCAACCCGGUGUCCUCGGUGCGCCACAGCCUCGCCGUGCUCCUGGGCGGCGCGCUCCUCGGCCUCCUCCUCGCCGCGCUCGCCGCGGCCACCACGGACGCCGCCUCCCCUCCGCGCGGCCGUCGGCGCCGCGUGCCGUGGCUCGCCGCGGGGUUCCUGAUGAGCGUGCUGUGGGCGUACACCCUGGCCCGCGAGCUGGUGGCGCUCCUGGUGACCAUCGGUUACAUGGUCGGGAUCAAGGCGAGCGUGCUGGGAGUCACCGUGCUGGCGUGGGGGGACUCCCUGGGCGACCUGGUCUCGAACGUGGCGAUGGCGGUGCACGGCGGCGCCGGGGGCGCGCAGACGGCGGUGUCCGGGUGCUACGCGGGCCCGCUGUUCAACACGGUGGUGGGCCUGGGCCUGUCGCUGUCGCUGGCGGCGGGCGCGCAGCACCCGGCGCCGUUCGUGGUGCCCGCGGACGGGGCGGCGUACGAGGCUAUGGGGUUCCUGGGCGCGGCGCUGGCGUGGGCGCUGUUCGUGGUGCCCGUGAGGGGGAUGCGCAUCGACCGCGUGUACGGGCUGGGACUCAUCACCAUCUACCUCUGCUUCUUCGCCGUGCGCGUCUUCGAGACGCUCGGCCUCUGGACAUAGCCGCUCGCAGUUGCAGUGACACUCCCUGCCUGCCUUGAUUUAUUUCUCACUGAUCGUGGUAGAAUCAAACUGGUAAUGGUAGAUCUAGAUUGGUAAAUGAUAGCCAAAAAAAAAGAUGAAGGCUAGAUAAUCGUGUAUAUUACUUAGUAGUAGCACUACACCACAAGUAGGUGUUGAUUGGUCGGUGUUGUGCCAGUAAUUCUUUUUCUUCCUCGUCACUUCUGGGGAAAGAAGGGGCUUUGACUAGAGGAUGCAGGGAAAAACAUGUUUGUUGUAUUCAUAA